AGCAUCUCUCUCACCACCUUUCACGCGCGCCGGCGACAGACGGUGAAGUAGACAGGGUGUUUGUCAUCAGUUCCCCGUGAAUUGGAGCAGCAUUCGAGAGGCUUUCGCGUUUCUCUCCCCGUUGGAUCGCAGCGUCAGACUCGCGUGCGUAAUUCCUCGAGACAUCGGCGAGGGAGACGCGACGGACGCGCAUCCACCGACUCCGGCGUGAGGACGCGCGUCGGUCCGCACACACUUCGCGCUUCGUGGGAACCAGUAUUGGCUCCUCUCCUGACAGAGAUAUGGGCUGCAGGCUCCCCAAGUUGCGAAAGGCAGAAGAGAGACGAAGCCCUGGUAACAUCUACUCCACCCUCCGACGGCCUCAGGUGGAGACCAAAGUGGGCGUGGCCUACACCUACCACUUCCUGGAUUUCCUUCUGGGAAAAGAAGAGGUGCCCGUGUCGUCCGUGCUGUGCCUCUCGUCGGUCCGCGAGCUGCCGGUUCAGGUGCGGGAGCUGUACGCGCAGGGCUUCGUCCUGGUGGCCGUGCACCCGUUCGUGCACCCGUGCGGCCCUCGCCACGCGCACGUCCAGCGGCAGCUCCACAGGGCCGUGCUGAUCCGGGAGACGCCCAGUUCGGAGAAGAGCCAGCUGAAGUGGGCGAGGCGGCGUCUAGAGACAGACGUGUGCGUGGCCGGGCACCAGGCCGCUGACCCUGAAGUGAUCCAGAGCUAUGUCAAGAGGAUCCAGGAUGUGGCAGAGCAAGGUGUGAUGUUCGUUGGCUUUCUGCAGCAGCCGGGUGGAGGACCCAGCUUCCUGGGGCACUGGGACCCUGAGGAGUUGUCGUCCUUACACUCAAGCCCCUCGCCCAUACACAGACACCCCGUCAGCGCCAACGUGACCCCAACAGAACCACAUCAGACCAGCGUAGGCCCUGAAUGCCUCUUUGAACCUCUGGCGUCGGAUGAUGAGAGUGUGGAGUGGAACACUCCGAGACACGCAGCCUUGGAACCCGCCCAGAGUUCAGAGAACCUGGAGGGAUUCGAUGAAGAGCCGCUAGGAUCAACAGAGCGGUCCGGGCGUCACCGCAGGUCUGGCGUCCACACGUUUCAGCCCCCAGAUGCUGAAGGGGGCCACAUACAUCCCAGCCCAGUGCAACAGCAGCCGGGUCAACUACCGACACUGCUUCACCUCCCCAACCAGGACAGAAGAGCGUCGAGCCCCGAGAGCUGCCUCAGCUCCCCGGACCUCGAGCGCAGCCGCGACGAUGCGACGCACAACAACAACCACAUCCGACUCAGAGGUCCGGAGAAGGCUUCGCCACCGGCGCGCGCUCGGAUGCAGCUCUUCGCCCUGUACAACCACACAGGGGAGCUGGACACCUCCCUGCGGUUCUACUCACUCCGGGUGCCUCUGCAGGUGCAGAAGGAGGGAGGGCUGAUCACGGACAUCGACGCCCACUGGCUGGAUCACAUGACUCAGCAUUUCAGCAGUGGCGCUCACCUCGUCGAUGGCUUCUUCUACGUCGGAGAGGAUAAUGGCAAUGGGGUUUCGUCCGAGGACAGCGUCUUCAUCUUCCAGAACUCUGCUCAGGAGACCGUGAACGCCUCGUUCGACGCCAUUGUGGUUGAGCAGUGGACUGUUGUUGAUGGUGUUGUUGUGAAGGCAGACUACAUCCCAUUGCUCCAGUCUUUAGCUCCGUAUGGAUGGAGGCUGACGUGUGUGUUACCAACACCGAUUGUGAAGACCAACAGUGACGGCAGUUUGUCGACCAAGCAAAUCCUUUUCCUUCAGAGGCCCAUUUUGCAGCGCAAGAGGAAAGACUUCAAGAUGCCCAACCUCAGGGGUCGCAGCAAGGCAAAGAAAGACUCAAUUGGAGAAGAGGAGAGAGAAAGCAGGUCCCCUUUGAUGGAGACGGAGAUGGACAGGUUGAGGCGCGGCGCAACGGAAGAGGCGGAGGAGGGCGAACGCAGGAGGAGCUGGGACAGCGGAAGGAGCGAAGGAGCGAGCCGGGAGGAGGGCGAAGCGGAGGCGCCACAUCAAACGGGCUCCUCUCCGCCGCCGCCGGGGAGCCGGGCGUCUGCCGAGGAGCGGGAGGAGGAAACGGACAUCGACAGGGUCCCGCGGUCCAAGCGGGAGAAGGCCGUGAGAUGGACAGAUGUGUGUCAGGAGGAUGACGCAAGGGCCAAGGAGGAGGCCAGGAUGGAGGAACGGAUCAAACAGCAGCUGUUUUCUGGGGUUUGUUGACACAUUGGGCACAGAAACAAGGGGAGGGGAACAGAAACCUGGUGAGUUGAUCAAAAAACCCUUUUAUAGGGAUGUUCUGAUCCUCUGUGGGCAACUGAGAUGUAGUCAAUACGUCCUGCUUUAUUUAGGGCCUUAACACAAGUCUUUGAGGUUGGAGCUCCUGUAAAUGGGUUUCGUGUUUUUUCUGCUUUGGGUCAAUGAUGCUACAUGUAUUUAUAUAAGAUGAAUCAUGGCUAUUCUAUACAAGCUAGAGCACAGCUCCAGUGUUAUUUUCCUGAGCGUUGUCGUAUUUUAAUACUUUCUUGUAAAAGGGUUGUUAAUAAUGAAUUAUCGAUUUCACUCAGCUCCUUGUAUUUUUAUAUGUAAGGCAUUUAAGUUGAGAUGCAAAGAAAUUUAACCCAAUCUGCAGCAGGCGGCACUAGAGCUUAAGUCAUACAUGUACAUAGCUUAUCUGUGAUACAGUAUAUAAUGGAAUUAUACAUCAGCCAAAACAUUAUCUACAAUUGCACAGACAAAUUAUUGGCACCUCUUAGUAGUAGUGAUAAAUAAGUGGGUUGUAGUGAUAUUUCAAGCAGACUGUUGCCUUCUAUUAGUGCUACAGAUGUCUUUAGUCGUGUAAUAUGUCAUUCAGCCUCUGAACAGAGCUGUCUGUGGAGAUAAGAAUGAAAACAUUGCCAAGUAUAUUCAAGGUAAAGCCUACAAAACCGUCUCCAAACACCUUUAGGUUACCAUCACCACAGCUAUUAAUAUUAGGAACUUUAAGCUGCUCGGGACCAUAACCAACCUGGCAACCGGGAUGUGGAUGAAAUAAGCAAAUUUACCCAAUUGGGAAAAGGCAUGAUUAACAGAAACAGAUACAAGCUGAGCUCCAAGAUCCUGGUACAGCAGCAGUCAAACAGCUUCCUGUAUUACUUGACUGAGGAAGACGCCAGGUUUGAAUAGAAACACUGAAAAACAGACAGCUUUUUGCUGAAAUGCAUGUCCACUGAUGUGAUGUUCACAAAGAAGAAAUGAUCUACACUGUGAAACAGAGACCUUUAUAUUAUGCUUUAUUGCAUCUGGUACAGAAGGCCUUCAACAUGUUCAGCGCAAAAUGAAAUCUGAGGACUGUCAAGGAGAAAAAAAAGUAGUCUGCCCAUGGAAACAGCUGAAACUGGGAGCAGGCGACCGUCCAAACUCGAAGAGGAGCAGCAGCAGCUCAGGAACGACCAGUGGAAAACUGGAUGUUUAAUAUUAACUAUCAGAUGCAUUGGAGGUUGAAAAGUGGACUCAAACAUUUGUGUCCAUAAGAUGUUUUGUGUGUUGAAUUAUUUAAAUAAUUUUGCAUCAAUAAUCAAAAGCAUCAUUCCCAUAAACUAAAAACAACUUAAAUAUAUUUUAGAGAAAAUUGUAAAAAGGUGAACCCAAAUGUAAAACUGUUUGUAGUUUAGUUUUGUUUAGCCAGAUUUCAAACGCUCUGGCUAGAAGCGACUUGCUUUUUGUAACUGAGAUUUCCUCUUUAGACCAUGUGUAAAUUAGAAAAACCUAUUUAUUACCUUUUCUGGCUUAACUGUGCUGUGUGUAUAGUGUGACAUGUAAGCCUUUAUAAAAAAGGCAGAGGUCAAUAAAGUCUUUUAAAAACA